ACUGUUGUUGCGAGUGCGAUCAGUGGUCCAAAUGUAGUGGCAAUUGAUAAUAAAAUUGAGCAAGCUAUGGAUCUUGUGAAAACUCACUUAACAUAUGCUGUGAGAGAGGAGGUUGAAAUACUUCGUUCGACAAUUGUUGAGCUUGAAUCAAAGGUAUUUUGA